AUGCAGGAGCACCGGAUAAAACCUGAAAGCCCAAUCUCUCCUACUGGUAGCGGCUUGUGGAUAGUUAAGCCUCAGCCCCUAAGUCCAGGAGGGAACAGACCAAAGUUGGCGGUCUCGACUGCUUCGGACGAGUCUCGUACCCUUGGACCAUUGAACAAUUACCCUCCCAUCCCUACCGUUUUACCGCCUCACUACCCGCCGCAGCCUCGACCACCGCGCAGGCAUAUUAAGAAUGACCAUCGGAGCGGGAUUUUCGAAGAUGAAAAUCGACCCAAUCCGGAAGAGCUUUACGAGCGACUCGAAGACGCCUUUCCAUCCCACGACCUUGAUAAACCUGUCAUUGAAGCAAACUCUGGAGGAACAUCUCCCACAGCUGCCGAGGAUCCUAUGACUAUAGGAAGGGGCAUUGAUGGGCUUGCAAGAGGAAAGAAAUCAAUUCGCUACGUUGCGGAGGAGCACAAACGGAGGAUUGACCGAACAUCUCGGGCGGAUGCCGCAUCCUUUAACGUUAUGAGGAAGCGAAGUACCAAACUGUGGGGAAGCCGAGUUGAGGAGGUUACGACCGAUGCACGGCAUCAUCUAAGCAGAGUUCAUCCAGAUUCUCCUUCGGGCGGUCCCAGACCGAUUUUCAAAUGGGUGCGAGGAGAACUCAUUGGCAAGGGAACAUACGGUCGUGUUUAUCUCGCGCUGAAUGUUACUACGGGUGAUAUGAUCGCUGUCAAGCAGGUGGAAAUGCCACGGUCUCAGAGCGAGAGGAACGACAGUCGGCAGACCAACCUGGUACAGGCACUUAAAAUGGAGAGCGAGACUUUGAAAGAUCUUGAUCAUCCAAAUAUCGUGACCUACCUUGGUUUUGAAGAAACUCCCGAUUUCUUAAGCAUCUUUUUGGAGUACGUACCUGGCGGUUCCGUCGGUAGCUGUUUGAGAGAGUACGGGAAGUUCGGUGAGGACGUAACCAAAUCGUUCACAGCCCAGAUUUUAGCUGGAUUGGAAUAUCUCCACUCCAAGAAUAUCUUGCACCGGGAUCUUAAAGCUGACAAUAUUCUUGUGGAGAACAAUGGGACCUGCAAGAUCUCCGAUUUUGGCAUAUCCAAGCGAACCACGGAACUCAAUGGUGCCGCUCAUACGGCUAUGCAAGGGACUGUCUUUUGGAUGGCCCCUGAAGUCAUCAGCGCACGAGCCGGCCUGCGAGGCUAUAAUUCCAAAGCUGAUAUCUGGAGUGUAGGAUGUGUCGUAUAUGAGAUGCUGACUGGUAAACGUCCUUGGAGUGAUUAUGAGGAGGUCGCGGUCAUGCUUCGGCUGUAUCAACAACCAGAAUCGCCUCCGCUUCCCGCCGACUUCGUACUAUCCGACUUGGGCAAUGACUUCAAAGAAAGGUGUUUUGCUGUCGAUCCCGAUAAACGGGCAACAGCAGCGGAAUUGCGAGAACAUCGCUAUCUAGCACUCCCCGAAGACUGGUUCUUCACGGACUUUUGCAAGUAG